AUGGACCCAAUCAAGGCCUAUAAACUGUGCUUUGAGGAUAUGAUGGCGAGGGCAACCGCCUCGAGGGGAGCUUCCGAAGAUGUGGGUGAAACUUCGACGAAUCGAAAACCGAUCAAACGGAAUAGAUCCGAAGAGGAAUCACCCAAGGAUAAUCCAAAAAAGGCCUCUCGCAUUGGCGAAGGCUCAGAUGCUGGGGCGCUCAUAUCGACAAGCACUGAACCAAACGCCGAGAUGUCGCAGAUGGCUGGGUCGUCAGCGACAGAAGGGAGGUCCUUUAGGGAUGUCCUCACAAACAUCCAAAUAGGGGUCCGUAAUAAGGAACCUAUGUCGGAUGAACAACUAACGUUGGUGAAACGUAGCAUCCUAAGGGCGGUUAUUGAAGCCCCCAAAGGUGAGACGACACCAAAGUUAGAAGCUUGCGCUUUUAAGCCGGGCUGGCUCCUCAUUAUCGUUAAGGAGGAGUAUAGCCUAAAAUGGCUAAAGCGCAAAAUAGCCAGCAUUAAACCCUGGCCGGAGGCAGAUCUCUCUCUCAUGAGUGAGAACGAACUGCCCAAACCUAAAGUAGGCAUUGUUUUUAUCCCGAAAUCAGAAGCGGAAUCAAUUAAAGACGCUCUGAUGCUUCUGGAGAAACAAAACGAUCUGGAAACCGGCAUGUGGAAGAUCCUGAGUGCUAAAGAUGAAAAGGAUGGCUUUACAGCCGCCCUCUCCAUCGAUGAAGCCUCAAUAAGGAUUUUGCGCACGCUGGAAUUCAGGCCGCGCCUAGGCUUUAAAAGGGUUGUCAUCCGCAUCUGGGGGGAGAGUAUUCCAACGAAUGUGGAUGGGAAUCCUAAACCGGGGACAAGCUCCUUGGCAACAAAGACCAUGCCCCCGCAAAAGACCACUCCAACGGGACCGCAAGCGUCGGAAUCUGGAACCACGUCGAAACGCACUAACGUCGCGAGGGGGCCCGGGAACCCAGCCUUAGUCAAACGUCCCAAAGGAGGGCCAAAUAAAAGAGCACAAAGCUCAAAAAAAGGGAAGGCGAGGCAUGUCGAUACGGCGUAG